CACACACUGUCACCGUAGUGACCCAGGGGAUGGGAAAACAAAAUCAUUACAUUACAACAGCGUCUGAAUCUACAAGGAUGACAUUGUGAUGCACAACGAUGUAAUGCCUCAAAGUGUGACAUAUGUAACCAAGCACCACACAUAACAACAGUCCUCCAAGCACGGCCAUCCAUCAACAUUAUUGGAGCACCAGACAUCAGUCGCUGACUAUCCUCCUGCCCCACGAACCCACCCCCUCCCUCGCGUGAACGCAGCUUCCUCGGUGGUGGGAUCGCCGACUGAUUCCGCUGCAAGCAUGAUGAACAACAUGUCGCUCAUUGAUGGCACUAAGGUGGUCAAGGGGAGCGGAAAGGCAAAGUAUAUUGUGUGUGUGUUAGUCGCAGUGACGUGUUUGAUAGUAGGUAUCGUUGUGGGUAGAUAUGGACUUUGUGGUACCCCGGACGGAGUGUUUCUACCUGGAGUGUCGGAGACUAUUAAUAAAGACGGAGAUGCUGAUGUUGGAAAACGGUUGAUGGAUUCUAUAAGUAACACAGAGAUUGAGGACAAUUUGAGACUUUUGUCAAAACGGCCGCACGUAGCAGGAACCCCCGCGGAUCUGGAACAGUCGCUGAUAUUGAAGGAAUUUUGGGAAAAUGCCGGCUUCGACGACGUCAAGUUGACGCCGUACAACGUCCUGUUGUCCUACCCUGACCCGAAGGUGCCUAACGUGGUGCGCUUGUUGGACGAGAGAGGGGGAGUAGUGUACGAGUCCCCGUUAAAGGAAGCAGACCUGGCCGGGGAGAGUGAUCCAGAUGCCCUUCCCCCAUACAACGCUUACUCCCCUCCGGGAGAUGUCAAGGCGGACCUGGUGUACCUGAACUACGGCCGCGUGGAAGACUACGAGUGGCUGCAGUCUAACACCGGUAUCAACGUGAUGGGGAAGAUUGUCAUCGCCAGAUACGGGAAAAUAUACAGAGGAAGCCUGGUAAAGAAUGCUCAAGACAGAGGAGCAGUCGGGGUCAUCAUAUUUUCAGACCCAGCUGAAUACGCUUCCGGAAACGGCGACUGCGAUGUGUACCCUGACACCUGGUGGCUGCCUCCAUCUGGAGCACAAAGGGGGACAAUCUACGGCGGUGUUGGUGACCCGCUCACUCCUGGCUACCCGGCAAUCGACUCUGCAUAUCGAUACAAAGUAAACGAAACCACCAUACCAAUGCCAGCAAUACCUGCCCACCCGAUCGGAUACGGAAUAGCUGGGAAAUUAUUACGCGAGCUGGGUGGCGAGGAAGCCCCACCAUCGUGGCAGGGGCGCAUGAACCUCACUUACAGACUGGGGCCAAGGUUUCAGAAGCUGGGCUGGAAGAUGGAGAUGCGUAUAUCCACCCGGAACGUCAUGAGGACGACGUAUAACGUCAUUGGCAUCAUCAAAGGCGCCGUGGAGCCGGAUCGUUACGUGAUGGUUGGGAACCACAGAGACGCCUGGGUGUUCGGGGCCAUUGACCCGUCCAGUGGGACAGCCGUCAUGAUGGAAAUGUCGAGGGUGGUCGCAAACCUGGUCAAGUCAGGUGCUUGGCGUCCUCGGCGUUCCCUGAUGUUCUGCAGCUGGGGAGCUGAGGAAUACUCACUUAUUGGAUCUACGGAAUUUGUUGAAGAAUACAGAAAAACCCUACAUGAACGAGCAGUUGCAUACAUCAAUAUCGACGUCGCUGUCCAAGCCAACUUCUCUCUGUCUACCUCUGGAGCGCCGCUGAUGUAUAGAGCAUUAUAUGAUGCAGCGAAGAAGGUUCCUAACCCAGACAUGGACGAGAGAAGUCGGGGGAUUCUGACAGUGUAUGACAAGUGGCUGCUGAACACCCCCUCCACUGAUGACUACGGGGAUCCCAAUCCUUUGAUCCACGGGCUGGGAUCAGGCAGUGACUACGCUUCUCUCCUCCAACAAACUGGGGUAACAUCUGUCGAUCUGAGUCACACGUUUAAUAAGACAAAAUACUCAAUUCCAUUGUAUCCCCUCUACCAUUCAAUCUACGAGACUUUUUAUAUCGUCAAGAAAAUAGUGGACCCUAAUUUUGAGGCACACCGGUCAGUUGCACGGGUAGCAUUGGAGCUAGCGCGAUCACUGGCGGAAUCUCUCAUAAUCCCUCUCGGGGUAAUGGACUACGCUAUGGCUCUUGGUAGAUAUAAGGCGACCUUGCAUUUGGACUAUUCCACUAUUAUGGACGGUGUGCUUGAUAUUGAGCAACUGAAUGGAGUUAUUUUGAACUUUACCAUGGAAGCAAAGGCGUUUGAGCAACGAGUAAAAACUUUGAAUAGAAACGACCCUAUGGCAGUACGAGCUGUAAAUGACCAGCUGAUGAUGCUGGAGAGAGCUUUCCUUGAUUCAGAAGGACUACCUGACAGACCACUGAAGAAACACAUCAUAUUUGCUGAGAGCAGUACCAAUUCCUACCACGGAAGCAGCUUUCCUGGAUUGGUGGAUCUUCUUUUUAAGCUUAAAACUCAACCAAAUUCUCGCGAGAUCUUGGAGAGAGUCAAGCGCCAUUAUUCAGUGAUACUUUUUACCAUCCAAUCAGCUGCAUCCACGUUACGUGACGUCACCUCUUUUAUACCUAGACAUUUAACAUAACUUUGAAGCACACUAGUCUGUAAGGAAAUGGGUGGCGAGUGAAAUUUACAACAGCUGGAUACAGUGAAACCUCGUUAAUCCGGACAAGGUAGCUCCGAAAACCUGACCAUAGAGUUUGAAAUUAAUUAUCAAUAUUUUCACCAUCCAUGUAUCAAAAUGAAAAACACAUUCCCAUCUGGUCUUGGUAGACACGCCGUCCGGAUAAGCCAGGUUCGCCUGGAAGUGUACAUUGUGGUCUAUUUACUAAAAUUAAAUGGUUUUUUUAGAAACAAAGAAUUAUGAAAAAAGAAAAUGAUAACGUCUAAAUUUGAAAAUAAAUUAUUUCGGGAGAGAAUAUCAAUCUAUUUGUUCACAUGUUUUGUCCGUCCUGAAAAGUGAAAUAGUCUUAUAAUGUUAAAGAUUUGACUAUUUCGAACAGGAUGCAAUAUAUUCUAAAACCGAUUGCCCUGUUGUCUAAGGCGCCUCAAUUCUCUGUGCAGAGGUGCGUCGUGCCAGGAUACACUGAUCAACGGUUUGAAUCCCAGAGUUGACCUGAUUAUGAUCAUUGGUUUGUCGGUACCAUUCCCGUGCUCAUGGGAUUAAGCAAACUGGUGAGCGUCUAUGACCCUCGUCACUCUGAAAUGUUCCCUUGCAUAAAUUGUAACAGAAAUACUGUGUGCUGAGCUACGUGGAACCCAUCACACUGAUUCAAAACAGAAAUAUAAACUAGACCAUAUUCUUUCCCUGACAACACAAACAGGUAUGGUAAGAAUGGGUUAUAUUCAACAUACCUGUUCUCUAAAAGUGUAUAGCGAUGUGAAACAGAAAACUAAUUAACAAUUUUUACAAUGAUCGCAAACCAACCCAGCCAAAUUAGAUUGAACUUGUCACCUGCAUAAAAAUAUGUAUCUUGUAACAGUGAUAAUAAUGUCGCUAAUAUUGCAUCAAUGUUUUAAAUGAAUAACUCUCGAUUUAUUUCUAAUAUGUUUUAAUAAUUUGAUAUUGAUUCAUAAUAACUUGUUCAUUAUAAGGUCGGAAUUGUAGAAUGGACUCUGCUUUUAGCAGAUAUUUCUUGUGAUUAAAGGAAGGAUUUUGUCGCUUUUAUUUAUACGUAAACAUGACUUUUGUCUACAUAUUUUCUUUUAUCACACUGGUCCCCUCCCGAUAUUAAGCUAGGCUUUCUGGCAAUGCAUCUGUACAUGACUUGUUCUAUGUACUGUAUAUAAGUGUAGCAUUGUGUGCUACUGUCGCUCACUGUGUAGAGGAGGCUGUAUAAAGGCUGUAAAGUAGUUAAGGUUGUGUAUUUGUGUGUGACUGUUAUUGUAGAUUUUCACAGUUGAAUAUAUGAUAAUUAUUUAGUCAAAACAGAAAUAAACUGCAUUUAUUGUA